AUGGCACCCGACUUGGAAUCUACCCCUGAGAAGCCGCCCAUAUCGGAAGACGGUCAUGACCAACAAUCCAGCGAGCCGGACCAGACAGCGACCGACCAAGAAACAAAGGAUAAUGUCGUUGACUGGGAUGGACUGGAAGAUCCUCAAAACCCGAGGAACUGGCCGGUAUCAAAGCGCGUAAUCCAAGUCGUUCUCGCUACUAGUUUCUUGCUCACUGCAAAUCUCGCUGCGACAAUGUUUGCGCCCGGAGCAGCCGCGCUUGCCCACGAGUUCCAUAUCACAAGUUCCACCAUAACCAGUCUAACCGUGUCCAUUUACCUUGCCGGCUUCGCCGUUGGGCCAAUGCUAAUUGCACCGCUAUCCGAGCUGUACGGACGCCUUGUGAUCUACCACAUCUGCAAUAUAAUCUACAUUGGUUUCAUCGUUGGAUGUGCACUGGGAAAAAAUACGGGCAUGUUUCUAGUCUUUCGAUUUCUUGCCGGAUGUGCUGCGUCGGGUCCAUUGACAGUUGGCGGAGGAACCGUCGCCGAUGUCGUCCCGCCAGCUCAGCGUGGGAGAGUAAUGUCUCUAUUCUUUGUAGGACCGCUUCUAGGACCAGUCUUGGGUCCAAUUAUCGGUAGCUUUGUGUCAGCAUCAAUUGGCUGGCGAUGGACUUUUUGGCUGAUCCUAAUCUUGGCAGGAGUGGCAUUUACUUUAUCAAUCUUCUUCCUCCGCGAAACCAAUGCAGCCGUGCUGCUUGAAUGGAAAGCUGCUCGCCUGCGGAAAGAGACUGGCAAUGCUGCUCUAGUUUCCAAAAUGGAUCGAGGCCUUACUCCCCGUCAACUGUUCCUUCGCGCUAUUAUCCGACCUACAAAGCUUCUCAUCCUGUCACCAAUCGUUCUCCUCCUUUCCCUCCUCUGCGCAUUUGUUUUUGGUCUUCUUUUCAUACUGUUCACUACCUUUCCCACAGUGUUUGAGGAACAGUACCACUUCUCUGCCGGUGUUUCUGGCUUAUCAUAUCUCGGCGUCGGAAUCGCGAUGGCCAUAUCUCUAGGAGUCUUCGCCACCGUGAGCGACAAGCUGCAAAAAGCAGUCGGAGAUUCGCCCAAGCCUGAAGAACGCCUGAAGCCCAUCAUGUGGGUUAUGCCCACUGUUCCCAUCGGCAUUUUCUGGUAUGGCUGGGCAGCGGAGAAGCAGACUCAUUGGAUUGUGCCCAUCCUCGGCACUGCAUUUUUUGGGUUUGGCUUUCUCUGGGUCACGAUGCCAAUUCAGCUUUACUUGGUCGAUGCUUUUGGUCCGGAAGCCGCGGCCUCUGCAUUGGCUGCUAAUGUGAUUCUUCGACUUCUUGCUGCAGCUUUUAUUCCGUUGGUAGGUCCAUCUUUGUAUGCGGCCCUAGGACUUGGGUGGGGGAAUAGCGUUCUAGGCUUUAUAGGCGUGGUUUUUCUUCCAGUGCCCUUCUUCUUCUAUCGUUACGGAGGGUGGUUGAGGGAGCGUUUUCCUGUGGAGCUAUAA